CAGGAUUUCGCUGGUGUUUGCUGAAAAUGUCUGAAUUCGAAGCACCCACUUCAAAAAGAUCAGAGCGACUGCCUGCAAGUUGCACGCUCACUUCCUUCCUCCGAACUCUCAAAUCACGUCAAGGAACUUGCUCCACUUUUACAUCUGCUGCUGAGAAGCAAUGAAGGACGUUUUUGUGCUGCUCUCUGUGCACGCUAUGCAGGUGUUAGCGCUGCCCUAUCAGGCUGAGCUCGGCAUAAAGUGCAUCAAUCCAGAUCGAGAGUACCUGCUGGAGGCUUUAGGACUGUGCUGCAGCAAGUGCCGACCUGGGCGUCGACUGACGCAGGAGUGCAAUGAAACAGCAGACAGUGUGUGUGAGACGUGUGGACGCGACCAAUACAUGGAGAGUUGGAACUACGCCCCAAACUGCUUCUCUUGCGCCAAAUGCAGAACUUACAAAGGCUUGCAGUUCACCCAAGUCUGCCUCUCUACCGCCAUGUCCAAGUGUGAGUGUCGACCUGGCAUGUACUGCAUCAUGGAGUCCGAUGAGCAACACUGCACUGAAUGUUUACAUCACACUGCUUGCAAAGCUGGUUAUGGAGUCUCUGUGCCAGGAACAUCAAACGCAAACGUGAAGUGUAAACAAUGCAGUGACGGAACGUUCUCCGACGUCUCCUCGGCAGUGGAGCCCUGUAGGCCACAUAAAUCCUGUCACGGGAGACCUGUCUUAAAAGCAGGGACGUCAACCUGGGACACCGUGUGUGAAGCUGACCCACUGCUGCCACACGUCCAAACAAGUGGACAUGCCAAUCAAACUUACAGUUCAAUUUCUACAACAUCACCUGAUUCUGUGCUGUCAUCUCCAAAAAGCCUGGGAUCUGACACGAAACACGAUGCAGCAGUCGCCAGCGUUGUUGGCGUGGUCGCGUUCUUCAUCAUUGUCGCCGUCAUUCUGCUGAUCAUUUACAAGACAAUACGCGCGAAAGGCACCGGCAGGUUGCAACCUGAAGACAAUGCAAAUGAAAAUGGUGAUGAUGAAAUCGAUGAGGGUCACUUGGGUGAAACUCUGCUGACUCUGGUCGCCUUUCCGCAACAACAGUGUUUGCUGCAGAGAGGGGAGGUCAGCGGGGAUUCAGGUCACUGCAGCAGCAGCAGCGACACCGGCAGCCAGGAGUCCGGGGAGUCCACCCAAGUCCUGCAGCAGUCUGCUGCUUCAGAGACCCCCGUUCGACCGACACAGCCCCCUGUCGCCGCCAGUCCGCACGUUAAUGUCAACAUCACGUUCAACAUAGGAGAUGGAGACCCACGCCGCACGCAGCCUGCAGGCUUAAUGCAGAGACACUCUGACUUGAGCCUUGGACACGAGGAGGAGGGACAAGAGUCCCUCUGCGUCCCACAGCAGGAAGAGGGGAGAGAUUUGUUCGCAAAUGAAAAUACAUUAAAAAGUACAUACAGUAUGCACGUAUGAAAUGUUUACAACUGUAUUUCCCCCAAUGAAUGUACUCGCAUUGGUUGUAUCUACUGUAUAUAAGUCUAUGAAUAGUAUUUUUUUCUUUUUUCCUUCGCUUUUCCCCGGCCAGUCAGGGAACCCAACCUUGUGUCCUAUGCCAUAAAAGGCAUAAACAUGAUCAUCACACCACUGAGGAUAUUUCUGUACAUAUA